AUGACGGAUUACGAGCGCAUCAAGGCUAGCUGCCUCCAGCGCGGCCAGCUAUGGGAGGACCCUGACUUCCCCGCCAUCCAGCCAUCCGUGUUCUACCAUCAGGUGCCACCAUUCAAGUUUGAGUGGAAGCGCGCCAAAGAACUAUACCAGAAUCCAAAGUUCAUAUUGGACAACAGUGACAGCUUCGACAUAGUUACGGGCAGACUUGGAGAUAAAUGGCUUCUAUCGUGUAUAGGAGUGCUAUACCUGUGUAAAGGGCUCUUCUACAGAGUGGUUCCAGCCGAUCAACAAAUUGAUUCUAACUACGCAGGUGUUUUCAGGUUUCGUCUUUGGUGGUGUGGACAAUGGGUUGAAGUUCUUGUUGACGAUAGAUUACCUACGGUUAACGGAAAAUUAGCUUUCAUGCAUUGCAGUCACUCUGAGCAAUUGUGGCCGGCACUACUUGAAAAGGCGUAUGCAAAAAUGCAUGGGUCGUACGAAGCUCUAAAAUACGGUAACUUACUAGAUGGACUGGCAGAUCUUACUGGAGGAAUCACAGAGUCCUUGAAUAUUUCCGAUCUAGCCGAUGCCACAGCUCUACACAACUUAAUGAAGACUACGAGUGUUGUUACAGCUUACCGUUUACCUAAUGCAGCCACACAUUCUGUUAAAAGCAUUGAAUCUGGAAUGAAUUACAGACUUUACAACGUAGAAAGGGUAGACACUUCAGAUGGUCCUGUAUACUUAGUGCGAUUAGGACGACCAUUAACACCUGGAGACACGCACAUUACCCAUUUUGUUUUAGACCAAGCCACAUGGACCCAUUCUAUUCCUCUACACGAACGUCAACGGUUGACAUCUAUAACAAAAGGUUUCUGGAUGCUUUACAAUGACUUUACUUCAAUGUUUUCACGUGUAGAAAUUGUACAUCUUGAUCUAGAGACGAGUAAAGCGGAAGCAUCUCUCUCAGAUAAAAACAAAUGGCUAGUUAAAAGUCAUCAAGGAAGGUGGAGGAAAGGCGUCACUGCUGGUGGUUGUAGAAAUCACGUUAAUCUGUUUCAUAUGAACCCACAAAUACAAAUUGUAUUAAAUGAUCCUGACACGGUUAUUAUAUCACUCAACCAGCAUAGUAUUAUGGAACCUAAAGUUAUAGGAUUCAGCAUUUACAAAAUACCUAAGAGCUUAACAGAAACAGCAUCAUCACUUUUUUUUAAGAAAACUAAAAGUUCUAUUAAUUCCCAAUACACGAACAGUAGGCAAGUUAGUGAACGAUGUCACUUAGAACCAGGCGCAUACUUAGUAAUACCCACUACUUUCGAACCCAGACAGGAAGCAAAUUUUUCAUUAAGAGUAUAUUCUGUAAAACAACUAAAACUGAAAGUAUUAGAUUGUGCCCCGCAGAUGUUAAAAGCAGCCAUUUUAAAAGCACCUCCUGGAUUCGAAUCUAGUAGUUUCACACAAUAUGAGUCACAGUUUCUUCAGCUGGCUGAUGAACACAAAACUAUAAAUGCUUUUGAACUUCAAGAAUUAUUAGAAAAAUGCUUACCAAAUGAUUACAUAAAGAGCUGUGCAACAAUCGAAACAUGUAGACAAAUCGUCUUAUCAUUAGAAAAAGAUGGCUCUGGUCGUAUAACAUUAUCUGAUUUCAAAGAUCUCAUAUGCAGCCUGAAGCACUGGCAGAUUGUAUUCCGAGCUCACGCGCCAGAGAAAAUGAGCGUUCUCAAGAUUGAAAGGUUUCGAGAUGCACUUCGUGAUGUCGGCUUUGUAAUACCAGAACGAGCAUUGUCAUUACUUGUAUUAAAAUACAUGAGAAAAGAUGGCAUGCUGAGGUUUGGAGACUUUGUAUCUGCAGUAGUUCUUCUCCAUAGAGCGUUUCGUAAGUUCAUAAGUAUUAUUUCUGUCAAUCAUAGGAAGUACAUGCGUCUAAUAUUACAAGUAUUUAUUUGA